AGUUGAUUCAAGCUUUUGGCACAUUCACGUGCCUUCCUUUCCUUCCCUUCUACGACUUCAACAUACAUAGAGUUUCUUCACGAAUGGCCUCAAGUGAAGAUUCCAAGGAUUCGUCAAAUGCACCGGAACAUGUUGGCGGACGUGAACGAACAACGGGCCAAUCGGAACCUACUACUAAAGAGUCAUCGGAUGGAGAUCCGCGCAAAAUCAAUUCUGAAGCAAAGUCUCUGUCUGAUCCUACACCACAAGCAAAAGAUGAACCUGCAAAUCAACGACCUGUUUUGGGAGCAGGUACCUCACAGGCUCCAAAACCCGAGAAACCCACUCUACAGAAAUCGUGGGACGCGAUCAUGAAGACAGUUGACACGCUGGACGAUGACUUGGUGAAAGGGUAUAAGGAAGAUAUUGAUACGCUUUUGGUCUUCGCCGGUUUGUUCUCUGCUGUGGUUACGGCGUUCGCAGUAGAAUCAUACCAAUGGUUGGAAGAAGAUCCUGCCGAUAAGAGCGUCGCGCUCCUCUCCCAGAUCGUUCAGAAUAUGAGUGGUCAGACUACGCUUCCAUCUUCACCUUCACCAUUCUCACCCUCGUCCUCGGUUGUACGAAUCAAUACGUUCUGGUUCCUCAGUCUGACGCUCGCUCUGGUUGACGCGUUAUUCGGACUACUCUGCAAGCAGUGGCUUCGUGAGCACCAACGACAAACUAAUACCCGUACACCGAGCCAGGCAUUGGCUCUUCGUUGGUUACGCCACCAGAGCUUUGAACAAUGGCAUGUUCCUACAAUCCUCGCCUCGCUCCCAAUCCUACUCGAGAUGGCGCUCUUCCUUUUCUUCGCAGGAUUAUUAGAGCUGUUGUGGAACCGACAUCCCGUUCCGUUUGCGCUUGCAUUUACCAUCAUCGGACUCGCUGCUUUAUUCUACCUCACCACCACGAUUCUUCCUGGCUUUACUAUCGUUCGACAGGCCCUUUGUGUUCAUCCAGACUUCAUAAUGGCUGGCUUCUUGCUCCCAAGAAGGAUAUCCUACUUACCAGCAAUCCACCUGAUAUGUCCCUAUAAAUCCCCUCAAUCGUGGCUCAUGUUCCGCCUUUUUUCGGCGGUAUUUCAUAUUCCAGGCUGCAAGAGGCUUCUGUACUCUGCCAUGGUUCUAUUCAACGCGUCCUGGAAGAAGGAUUCCGAGCAUCUUCUCACUUUUACCGUGACGAAGAACAUCUUGAACAUUUCCAAUUGGUCAUCGCUCGAUCUCAAUAUCAUAAGGCGAUUCGCAAGGCUUCCGCAUUGUCCCGACCUAUACGUACUAAAAGGAUUUCGAUGGCUCGUUCAGGAAACUCGAGACAUACCGUCGAUGAAACCACACGUGAAUAACGCGCUAGCGGAAGUACCCAAACAUUUAGUUAUGCCGGCUGUUUUUGAGUGGUGGCAUACACUUCCGUCGUUCAACGAUUUUGUUCAGCCUUCUGACGAGAAUUUAUUCGGUGAUCCGGUGUCAACGCACCGUUCUGCUCUUACCUGUCAGAUUCUGUGUUUCCGACACAUGCUGGUCAUCGAGGAGGAUGGUUGGUCGGUCCAAAUAGCAGAAGACCUUUGGCAACGUAUCCUCAAACAGCCCAACAAUAGCCCUUUCAUGCGGGCUCUUCUUCAUCCCGAGGAUGUUUUGAUGCGUCAAACGACGGCUUGGCGGGUAGAACUUUUAAAGUUUUAUGCGCAACAUUGGGAUGAAUUAGACAUCGAGUCUCAAGGCAAGCUGGUGCGCCCAUUGGCCAAGGCGAUUAUCGUAUUCCUUGAUUCAUCAGAUCACAACGUUGAAUCCACACUCGCGACAUCCACUCAUGGUCUCGAGUUUUUCACUUCUUUGAACAAUAAAUUAUCUGGGACGAAGGGCAUCGCUGAUUAUUCCUUUUACACUGAAAAUUGGGUUGUCUUAAUGAGCCGCCUACGACAUAUUCAUCAGUUGCCGCUUCUCCAUUUCAAACCGAUCCCGGGUCUUUUUCCGAUACUGCAGCAGGAGCUCGAGAGCCUCUUAGGUGGCUCAACGCCAGAGUCCGUUCUCGGGCCUGUGUUGGACUCUCACGAGCAGUGCUGGGAACAUGUGAACAUCGACUAUUACAAGGAACAACUAGUCAGAAUGUCGAUCCACCAUAUAAAUAACGCACUCUCGUCGAGUCAGGACUCGCAACAGUCAUCUCUACCGACGUCCGCGAUCAUCACAUCACGACGAUACCUCGACUUCCUGACCUUUCUCAACAACAAGGUCGAUACGGAGCCUUCCUUCCUUCGACGUUGUGAGGAGGAAAUUUUCAAUGACUGGGUGGAUGCUCUUGAACAUAUCCGAGUUCUCCGUCGGUUACCGUCUGGUUAUUUCCAACCCGUUUCAAGGUAUGACAAGGUGACUGGGAAGAUCGUGGGUGUGUAUACGCCGAGGAACAAGAUGGGUGGAAGCGCGGGUGGAUCUGAAGUAGCAGGAGGCCGGAAUCCAGAGGACCAGACUACAAGGCAGCGGAUUCUGGUAGAUGGGGACGGGGAUGUUGGGGGACCGGGGGCAGAAAACAGCGUCUGA